CAGAUAGCCGAAUGACGGCUUCACUGCGGCCGGCCAGUUCUGGGUGGACGUCAGCUGAUCACGUGAUGUGCUAAAAGGCCGAUCCCAGCGGCCUUUUACCACGUGAUCAGCGGUUUCCAAUGACACGCUGAUCACAGGGAAAUGCAAGUGCCGGACACUGAUGAUCAGUGCCUUGAUGAUCGGUGCCCAGCAGUGCCACCCGCAAAUUCCGCCCACCUGUGCCCAGCAGUGCGCCCACUAGCUCCGCCCACCUGUGCCCAGCAGAUCACCCACCUGUGCCCAGCAGUGCACCCACCUGUGCCC